GCUGCUCAAUCCUCCAAGGUUUAGCAGCCCCCUCUGUGUUCCUCCUCUUUCUCUUUCCAUCGCCAUGAAUUACAGGUUUCAUAACCUCCUCGGAGCUCCAUACAGAGGGGGAAACGCCGUCGUAGCCAACAACAGUCUCUUAAUUUCACCCGUCGGUAACCGGGUCUCCGUCACCGAUCUCGUCAAAUCCGAAACCGUAACUUUACCAUGCCAGUCCUCCUCAAACCUUUGUCGCAUCGCCGCCUCUCCCGACGGCGUUUUCCUCCUCGCAAUCGACGAAAACAACCGCUGCCUCUUCAUUAACCUCCGCCGCCGCACCGUCCUCCACCGCAUCACCUUCAAGCAUCCCGUUGCCACCGCCAAGUUUAGUCCCGACGGUAACUUCAUCGCUGUCGCCGCCGGGAAGCUCCUGCAAAUUUGGCGCUCUCCUGGCUUCAGAAAAGAGUUUUUUCCUUUUGAAUUGAUCCGUACUUUCGCUGAUUGCAACGAUAGGAUUACGUCACUGGAUUGGAGUCCAGACUCUGAUUACAUUCUCGCCGGAUCGAAGGACUUGACUGUGAGGCUCUUUUGCUUUAGUAAAUCGAAUAAGUUCAAUAAACCGCUUUUAUUUUUAGGGCACAGGGAUGCAAUUGUUGGUUGUUUCUUCGGAGUUGAUAAGAAAACAAAUAAGGUUUCCAGAGUUUACACUGUAUCGCGUGAUGGAGCCAUUUUUAGCUGGGGUUACAGUGAAACUGAUGAGAAAUUUGAUGAAAUGGAUUGUGAUGUUUCUGAACCAGAAUCCCCAGGUACACCAGAACAAAGGCAAGCACAGAAUGAGGAAGUAGAUUAUAAUUCUAAUGCCAAAAAAAGGAAGAAUUUCGAUGGGAAAGACAAAAAAUUGGAUGAGGAAAAAGGCCCUUGGUUGCAUAGGCUGAAAUGGGAGUUGUUAAAGAAGGAUUAUUUCAUGCAAACACCAGCAAAGUUAACUGCUUGUGAUUACCACAGAGGCCUUGAUAUGGUGGUAGUUGGUUUCUCCAAUGGUGUGUUUGGACUUUAUCAGAUGCCCGAUUUUGUGUGCAUCCAUCUGUUGUCCAUAUCGAGAGAGAAGAUCACAACGGCAGUUUUUAAUGAUCUUGGAAAUUGGUUGACAUUUGGAUGUGCAAAGCUUGGACAGUUACUUGUAUGGGAGUGGAAAUCAGAAAGCUACAUUUUGAAACAACAGGGGCAUUACUUUGAUGUAAAUUGCCUUGCCUAUUCACCGGAUUCACAACUCUUGGCUACAGGAGCUGAUGAUAAUAAGAUUAAGGUGUGGACUGUUUCAUCGGGUUUCUGUUUUGUCACAUUCUCUGAGCACAGCAAUGCAGUUACUGCUCUACAUUUCAUGCCAAACAAUCACUGUCUCUUAAGUGCAUCUCUUGAUGGGACUGUUCGUGCAUGGGAUUUGUUCCGAUAUCGAAAUUUCAGAACAUUUACGACCCCUACAUCCAAGCAGUUUGUUUCUUUAGCAUCAGAUCAGAGUGGUGAAGUUAUAUGUGCAGGAACCCUAGAUUCAUUUGAGAUAUAUGUAUGGUCAAUGAAGACUGGAAGAUUGUUGGAUGUUCUCAGUGGGCAUGAGGGCCCUGUACAUGGAUUGGUGUUUUCUCCAACAAAUGCUAUUUUGGCUUCCUCCUCUUGGGACAAAUCAGUUCGCUUGUGGGAUGUUUUUGAUGGAAAAGGAGCAGUAGAAACUUUCCCCCAUACACAUGAUGUCCUCACAGUUGUUUAUCGUCCAGAUGGAAAGCAAUUAGCAUCCAGCACAUUAGACGGGCAGAUCCAUUUUUGGGAUCCUAUUGAAGGUUUGUUGAUGUACACGAUUGAAGGCCGUAGAGACAUUGCAGGUGGGCGCUUAAUGACCGAUCGUAGAUCUGCAGCUAAUUCCACUUCGGGCAAGUGCUUCACAACCUUAAACUACUCUGCUGACGGAAGCUAUAUAUUGGCUGGUGGAAACAGUAAAUAUAUCUGUAUGUAUGACAUUGCUGAUCAGGUUUUGCUGCGAAGAUUUCAAAUUACACAUAAUCUCUCCUUAGAUGGGGUACUGGACUUCUUGAACUCAAAGAAUAUGACAGAAGCUGGUCCAUUGGAUUUAAUUGAUGAUGAUAAUAGUGAUACUGAGGAAGGUGUGGAUCGGCAAUCCAGGAAGAAAUUGGCUUAUGAUUUACCUGGAUCAAUGCCUAAUCAUGGAAGACCGAUUAUCCGUACAAAAUGCCUGAGGAUUGCCCCAACUGGCAGGAGUUGGGCAGCAGCGACCACAGAAGGAGUUUUAAUUUAUUCUAUGGAUGAGUCUUUCAUCUUUGACCCCACUGAUCUGGACAUAGAUGUUACCCCAGAUGCUGUCAAUCUUGCCCUCUCUGAAGGGCAAACAAAAAGGGCACUGAUCCUUAGUCUACGUCUAAACGAAGAUAGUUUAAUCAAGAAGUGCAUUGUUGCUGUCAGCCCAGCUGAUAUACCUGCUGCAGCUUCAUCAAUACCAUUCAAGUACUUGCAGAGAUUAGUCACGGCUUUCGCAGAUCUUCUGGAGAACUGUCCACAUUUAGAGUUCAUUCUUCGAUGGUGUCAGGAGCUCUGCAAGGCCCAUGGCCAGUCGAUCCAGCAAAAUUCAAGAAAUUUGCUUCCAGCCCUGAAAUCAUUGCAGAAAGCAAUUACCAGACUGCAUCAGGACUUGGCUGAUACUUGUUCUUCAAAUGAAUAUCUGCUCCGAUAUCUGUGCUCGGCAAGCAACAAUAGGUGACCAGUUUCUAUUUUGGGGUGUUCAUGGCAGUUUUGUUCAUGUUGAUUGCUCUAAUUUAAUGGUUCCAGAGUUUACAAUGUCAGUGAUGUAAUCCACACUUCGUAGUCCUUUAGGAUGAUGUAUAAACCAUAUUUGCUCAUUCAAGUUUUGAGAAAUCAGUUUUGUAUUCAUUAAGGAAAAGUUUUCAGUCAAUGUUCUCACUCAAGUUUUUUGAA